GAAACGAAACGUUUGAAGGGAAUUCGUGCGACCCGCGAGAGGAUUCCCGACGCGUAAUAUUCCGAACAGACAGAAGAAAGGCACGCUCGCCACCACAUGGGACAGUCUGGCGACUGAGCUCUUAGCCUCACACACUCCGAGUCCGAUCGACGGAUAACCCCCUCAUCGACCUCACCAUUCCCACUCCCUCUCCCUCUCCCUCUCCCUCUCCCUCCCAUCCUCUCGUCGUCGUCGUCGUCCUCCUCCUAACCCUAACCCCUCCUCCCUUUCCUAGUUCGGACACCUCGACCUCUCCAUGGCGCUAAAUCUCCUCGAAUCCGUGUGGCAGUAUCUGAUCACUAAUUUCAGCGAAUUUCAAUUGGCAACCUUGGGCACUUUCAUAAUACAUGAAAGUGUCUUCUUUUUGUCCGGCCUUCCAUCUUUGCUCUUUGAGAGGUCUGGGCUUUUCAGCAAAUACAAAAUUCAGAAAAAAGCUAACACCCCUGCUUCACAAGACAAAUGCGUUCUGCGUCUAAUUCUGUAUCAUAUCUGCGUGAACUUACCGCUUAUGAUUGUGUCCUACCCUGCUUUCAAAUUCAUGGGCCUGAAAAGCAGUGUACCAUUGCCGCCUUGGACUGUUGUCCUAUCUCAAAUUCUUUUCUACUUCAUCUUGGAGGAUUUUGUAUUCUAUUGGGGGCACAGGAUUCUGCAUACAAAAUGGUUGUACCAGCAUAUUCACAGUAUUCAUCAUGAAUAUGCUACACCAUUUGGAUUGACUUCCGAGUAUGCCCAUCCUGCUGAAAUAUUAUUCCUUGGCUUUGCUACCGUUGUUGGACCUGCUCUUACUGGGCCUCACCUGUUGACUUUGUGGCUGUGGGUAGUAUUAAGAGUCUUGGAGACGGUUGAGGCUCACAGUGGAUAUCACUUCCCAUGGAGCCCAUCAAAUUUCUUGCCACUGUAUGGAGGUGCCGACUUUCAUGACUACCAUCACCGUUUGCUUUAUACCAAGUCCGGAAACUACUCAUCUACUUUUGUCUACAUGGACUGGUUAUUCGGCACCGACAAAGGCUACCGCAAGUUGAAGGCCCUUGAGGAUGAACAAAGGAAACAAUUAUAGAUUGCAGAAGGUCGACUUCUCACUUCCGGUGGCAACUCCUGAAUCCUGAUAGCAUAUGAAUGAGUUAGAUCUGUUGUACCUAGAUUUCUUUCAUUUGGAUAGUGCAUGAUCAGGCUUAACAACUGUCAUAAUUGGACGCCUAUGAUUGAGUUGUUGGUUGCCCUUUCUCAAGAAUGGAUGCGUCUUUCCCAUGCGCGGCUCAUGUUGGUGUAAUUAUGCGUGCAGAACUCUCUCUAAGUUUCCUUACUGAAGAUGAGUAGUUCUGUUAAAAGGCUUUGUUGCAUAUUAUUGUUCAAAUCCAGGAAAAAUCUGAUGAUUCCAACUAAUCUUUCCUGGGUCAAAUACUUGAAUGUUGAGAUGAUAUCGAUUUUAGUUUUGAUGGAUCAUAUGCAUGCUUUGGUAACUUCAAUCGUGUGAUCUAUGUAUUAUUGGAAUAGUUUAGUUAA